UUUUUCACUUUCUGUGCUGCACACCUUUGAAUCCCACCACCUCCACCAAUAAUUUCUCUGAUACUUUCUUCUCAAAAGCUAAGAAAUUUCUCUUCCUUCUCCUGCAAGUAAUCCCUUUUAAGUCACUCACACCUUUCAUGGACUUCACGUUCAUCUAUUGUGUGUGGGAAAACUUGAAAAGAAAAAUCUUUUCUUUUGCAGAAGAGCGAGAUGGGUUCUCAGAGAAAUGAGGGUUCUGGGUUGUUGUUACCUGCAGCCAUGGUUGAUUCACAUGAGAGAGAUGCAAUUGUGGCUAGGGAAGCUCUUGAACAAGGUGAUGUUAAUUUUAAAGCUCUUUUUGAAAUUUUUGUGGGCAGGAAAUCAAGUCAUAUUGUCCUCAUCAAACAAGCUUAUCAGAAAUUAUAUAAAAGGCAACUCGACCAAGAUAUUGUCAGAAUUGAACCCUCGCAUCCCUACCAAAAGAUUCUUGUGGCCCUGGCGACGUCACACAAGGCUCACCAUGCGGAUGUUAGUCAACAUAUAGCAAAGUGUGAUGCAAAGAGGCUAUAUGAAACAGGGGAGGGAAGUCCAGGAGCCAUUGAAGAAGCUGUUGUUCUUGAGAUUUUCAGUAAAAGGAGCAUCCCUCAACUUAAGCUCACAUUUUCUUGCUAUAAACACAUCUAUGGACAUGCCUAUACAAAGUCUCUUAAGAGGGGAAAUUCCUCCAAGUUUGAAGAUUCUCUGAAGAUGGUUGUGAAAUGCAUACUAAAUCCACCCAACUAUUAUGCUAAGAGAUUGUAUGCAAGCAUUAAGGGGACCACAUGUGAUAAGGGGGCCUUGGGGCGUGUGAUUGUGAGCAGAGCUGAGAUAGACAUGGACGAAAUUCAAAGGAUUUUCAAGAAGAAAUAUGGAAUGGAACUAAGAGAUGCAAUAUGUGAGAGCAUUCCAUCUGGAGAUUACAGAGAUUUUCUUGUUGCUUUAGCCACAAAAACAACUUCAGUUUCAUAAUUUCCUUGAUACUAGUAGAGGAAUAUGUUGAUUGUAGCAUGCAGAGCUAGCUAAUCAAUUUAACCAUUUUACUGAGU